GAUGCGCAGCUGCCUCUAUUUAUUUAGAAUGCGAGCCGGGGUCUGAGGGAUUUCAAUGAGCCGAGAGACUAGGCUUUGGAGGAGGAGGGGAAAUCGGGCUGCAGGCGGCCGCCCGCUGUCGGUCUCUGUUCUGCCUUGUUCCUCCCCCCCGUCACUGUGUGUGUGUGUAUGCGGCCAGUUUGUGCUGAAAGUCAGGGGCUGGGCUUGGAAGCCGCACUCUGUGUAUUUGAGAGACUAUUAUUGAUUGAGGGAGACCUCGGAGCAGCGGCGUCUGAUCAGAAAGCCCAGGCGCGAAUACCAGGGCAGAGGGAUUUGUGAUGAACCGGGCACUCACCAUUGAUAGAGGUUUGUUAACCUACGGGAGGCACACGGUGUAGAUUUCACUUCCGCACUUGUUCCAUUUUCAAGAUGCAGACUUGGCUGAAAGGCAAGAGGGUCGGAUACUGGCUGAGCGAGAAGAAGAUCAAGAAGCUGAAUUUCCAGGCCUUCGCGGACCUUUGCAGGAAAAGGGGCAUAGAUGUAGUACAGCUGGACCUGGAGAAACCAAUCGAGGAGCAGGGACCACUUGAUGUUAUCAUCCACAAACUGACUGAUGUCAUUCUGGAGGCGGACCAAAACGAUGCCCAGUCCCAGCAACUGGUGCAGAGGUUUCAGGAUUAUAUUGAUGCUCACCCAGAAACCAUCAUUCUGGACCCACUGCCUGCAAUCAGGACCCUCCUGGACAGAUGCAGGUCAUAUGAACUGAUCCGUAGACUUGAAAGCUACAUGCAAGAUGAGAGAAUUUGUUCCCCUCCCUUUAUGGAGCUCAGCAGCCAGUGUGGGGAGGACACUUUGGCAGAGAUUACGAAGCACAAGCUGACAUUCCCAUUCAUUUGCAAAACCAGAGUGGCACAUGGCACCAACUCUCAUGAGAUGGCAAUAAUUUUCAGCGAAGCUGGUUUGAAAGACAUAAAGCCCCAGUGUGUCAUCCAGAGUUUUAUAAACCACAACGCAGUGCUGUACAAAGUCUUUGUUGUUGGAGAGUCCUACAGCGUGGUUGAACGGCCGUCACUGAAGAAUUUCUCAAGAGGUGUUUCAGACAGAAAAACGAUAUUUUUCAACAGUCACAAUGUCUCAAAACCAGAAUCCUCAUCUGAUUUAACUGCACUCGAUGUAGUGGAAGGCGUCUUCAGGCCACCAAGUGAUGAGGUCAUCCGAAAAAUAUCCAGGACGCUGCGUGAAGCACUUGGCAUAUCCUUGUUUGGCAUUGAUGUAAUAAUCAAUAACCAAACUGGCCAACAUGCUGUUAUCGAUAUUAAUGCAUUCCCAGGAUAUGAAGGCGUUCCAGAGUUCUUCACUGAACUGAUAAACCACAUUCAGGUUGUUCUGCAAGAUCAAAACCCAGAAUCUCCUCAGUUCAACCAGAAUGGAAAGGCGGCUGAACAGGUGACGAGCAUUUGUGGGGACCGGCCCUGUUCUGCCGCCUCAGGCUAUGUGACCAUGGCAGCAAAUGAUGCAUGGCUUGUAGAAGAUGACCCAAGCAGUAGCAAGAGGCUGCAGCACCAACGACUAAGUUGCAAUUCUGCUUUGCCACCCAACUUUCAGAACUGUGUCGCUCCCGUGGCGACUAAGGCAUCUUCACAAUAACCACUGAGAACACUGGACCAAGCCCAAGGAAAGACCUUUAAUGGGGAUCAACUUGAACCACUUUCAACAAAUCAAUAAAACAAUUUGUGUUUUGUUUGAAUGAUUUCACAGACUGACCCAUCGACUGGAGCACAGUAUCAAAGGUGUUUUGAGAAGCAGGUUGCAGAUCCUUUGGUAAAGUCAAAUGAUAAACUCAAUCUAAUUUUCCUUAAACAUUAACGUAGCAAAAGUUGCUUUGGUGAACUUUUACUACAUAGGAGCUAUUAUUAAUGCUCUCAACAGGAAUUGAUCACCAGUGGCUAGUUGAGUUAAUCAGGAAUCCUUCCUUUUUGUCCUAGAUAUUCAAGCAUUUAUUUUUCUUCCCUCUUGACUGUUCACCUUAACCAGUACACAAUACCCAAAUGGUUUGAGCUGUUUUGAAAGUUAUCUUUAGGUUCAUUUUAAAAACUGCAAGACAUUAAAGUUCUGUGGAUUUUACACAUUAUUAGACACUAGUGAGAUCUGCCAAUUUGAGAGAACCUGGCUGAAGUUUAGAUCAGGACAUGCUGUUGGCUUUAUUUGGUGAGAAUUGUUCAGUAAAUGGAUGUUCUGUUAUUUAAAGUUUAAAUAAAACUGAAAUGUUAGUUUGAGGGGUUAUUGAUGUACAGUAAAGUGCCAUUUUGCCUACCUAUUGGCAGGUUAAACCAGGGCAGUUAAAAGCAUGUAAAUGCACAAAGUAGAUUCCAUGAUCAGUGAUAUGAUGGUCUGGCAUCCUCUUCAGUCAUCCGAUUUGUUUUCAUUUAAAUUGUGAAUAAUAAUGCACUUCCAAAUGUGAUCUUCACUUCAUCUAAAAUCAAUUGUGUGAAUGCACCUGCAAAUAGUUUAAACAAAAGUGUUAGCCAUUAGAUUGUGAUGCUUACAGCUUAAUGUUUCAAACAGUGAUACUUUUCCCUUGUUCUAUUUCUUAGAAAAGCAGCAUUGAGCAAUUUGUGACAUUUUCAAAAUUGAUAGUUUACAAAUGCUAUGGUGGGUAGUGACUCCAGUCAGCAUUAGUUCUUUCCCUAUGAUAUCAGUGUUUCAGUAUUUAAACAGAGACCUGCAGUUUCAGUAACCCUCAGUUUAGGUGAUCUUAGAACAAUAUGGGAACAAUCAGAAGUAAGUGGGCGGCACGGCGGCACAGUGGUUAGCACUGCUGCCUCACAGCGCCAGAGACCUGGGUUCAAUUCCCGCCUCAGGCGACUUACUGUGUGGAGUUUGCACAUUCUCCCCGUGUCAGCGUGGGUUUCAUCCCACAGUCCAAAGAUGUGCGGGUCAGGUGAAUUGGCCAUGCUCAAUUGCCCGUAGUGUUAGGUAAGGGGUAAAUGUAGGGUGGGUUGCACUUCAGCAGGUCAGUGUGGACUUGUUGAGCCGAAGGGCCUGUUUCCACACUGUAAGUAAUCUAGUCUAAGGUGUUAAAGUGCUUUCUAUCUUAAAGGAAUAAAAGGGGGAGUUUGCCUCUAGAAACCAAAGGUAAAUGGCCAUUUUAUUUGAUUAAGUUUGUGAUUCCAAGUGUUCACUACCUUUUUAUAAACAAAGCAAAAAUCCAUAUUUUUUGACUCAAAUCUAAAAUAUUUAGAUCUGGAUGACAUUGGUUGAGCAAUCUAUUUUAGGCGCCACAAUGGAUUGUGUUGUAAUUAAAACUUAAAAUCAAAGUUUAAGACAGUGUACUUGAAUUUUUCAAAAUUGUACCACUAUCAGGCUAACCUAUUGCUUUAAUAAACACUCCAGUUAACAUGAUUUAGCUUAGGAGGGCUUUGUUGAGUGUAUUGUAACAAUCUACAUCUCUGAACCACUCUAAUCAUCUUGGGACUCUUAAAAGAAAAUAUUAUGGCUGGAGCCAUUGGGGUGAUUCUAAAUGUGACAUGUUCCUUUUGGGAGUGCCAUGGAAACCAGGCCUAAAUAUGUUUACAGCAAAUCAAGUCGAGUGCACUAGAUAUUAGAUGGCCAUCUUAAUGUGUUGAUUUAUUUCCUCUCUUGUCUCGUUGCAUGAGAAGUGAUGUGAAAUUAAUGAGUGAUUUUCUUGCUGCCUUAAAAUAUUGGCUUGACCUUGUUGCACUGCUUCCUUCUUUGAUAUCAACUACUGAAAGUAAUUGGGAAUUUAGCAAUUUAAUAAAAAAAAGAGUUUUUUUAUUCAUUGUCUGAGUUGAGAUUCACAAAGUUCAAUUCCAUGAACAAUAUUACCAGAAGGUGGCAUAUUUAAUUAGCUUCACUAUUGCUUGCAAGUGUUGCUACAUUACCUGCAAUCUUAAAGUGAUGCAGUUCAUGUUGUGGAUAUUUCAAAAGGGGUUAGUUGACCUCUAUAAAUACAAAAUGGAAAAUUCAGGCUAAAGUAGAUUCUUUCAGUAAUAUUCUGGGAGGAACUCUUGGGAUUUGAUGCUCUUCACUUUAAGCAAGGAAUAUUGUUUUUACAUAGUUAUUUUGUUCUUUUUCUUCCAGAUGUGAAUUUCAGAGCUGUUGCCCUUUUGUAGAGAAUUGAUAUGGGAACAGAAUUAAUUUGCUGUUUCAUUUAGCCCCUUUUUGAGGGCAAGGGUUAUUUCUCAGUAGCAUUUGAUAAAAUUCAGCCAACAACACUGUCAAUGGUGGAUGAGCUUUGAGUAGACCGUAUCCUUCAAUUCAAAUUCCUUCCUUGACCACUGUCCUGUUUACAAAAUACUGAAUAAUUCAUGAUAUUAUCAUAGUUUGACUCAAAGUAAAUGCUGACAACAAAAUUACUGCUACUUCAGUGACCAAUUAUUUCAGCGAAACUAUUGUGGAAAUACUCUUGCUUACAACACUCCAUUUGUUUUGUGUUAACUGUUCCAGUAGCACCAUCUUCUUGCCUCAUACAUUGUCCCAAGUUCUUUUGGAAUAGGUUGCACCUUUGUGUUUUAAGUAGGCAUUUUUGGCACCUUCCAUCAAAUAAAGAAUCCUGCCAUUUUGGUUCAAAAAGUUCCUGACUUUGAAACCACAGUUCAUCUGAACCUUAGUAAUGCUUAGGUCUGAGUUAGACAAAUUGUAUGUUCAUCUGGUGUCAUAAUGAUAGAACCCAAUGCUUUCUGGUAAUAUUGUAUAGUUGGAAAGUAUUUGUUUAAGUUGUACACUCUAGUGACCAGUGGAGUGUGUAGUCUAUAAUAUGUAUUUUAUGUAAUAUAUAUUUUGUGGCACCAGUAAUCACAGUCUACACAGCUUCACCAAAAUGUAUUUAUUAGUUUAUCCAUUUUAUUUUUUAAACAAUUGCUGCUUACAUAAAACCAAAAAUAAAUUUGCUGUUUAUUCUGCUAAUUUUAAUGCAUGAAAGACAGCAUAACUGUCUCAUGUAAGUGAAUGAUCCUCCAAUUUUUACCCCUUAUGUAGUGAUUUUGGAAAAAACAGAAUUCUGGUUCUGGAUGUUGACAAACCAUUUGGAAUGAUUCAGUGACCAAUAGUAGACCAAUUUACAUAGAGUAACUACAUUAGUUGAAUUUUGCAAUGUAAACUAACCAUUUAAUUAUUGUAUUUCUUAAACUGGCUUCAAGGGACCAGACCUUUGUAAUAAUCCAGCCCUGAAUUGGAUUUUUCUAUUGUGACUAUUGUGUUGUGUUUCAGCUCAGUAUAGUUGAAAAUAAGAGGAAAUGUGUAUGUAAUAUGAAUCUUAAACCUUG